AAUGAACAGAGACAAACAAUUUAAGAUUGUUCUUCUAGGUGAUCAAGGUAUAUUGAUAUAUUAUAAUUGAAAGGAGUAGGUAAAACAUCGAUUGCUAAUGUUUAUGUGAAAAAGGAAUUUAAUGCAUAUGAAAAUGCUACAUCAGGAGCGAAUUAUCAUUCUUAAAGUUGUAAAAUUGAGAAUCAUUAAAUCAACUUUGCUGUAAGAUUGUAUAUUUAAUAAUAGAUUUGGGAUACAGCAGGAUAAGAGAAGUUUAAGUCUUUGGCAAAGUUAUAUUAUAGAGAUUCAAAUGCAGCACUUUUAGUUUAUGAUACUACAAAUUAUAAAUCUUUCUAAAGAGUAACAGAUUGGAUUAAUGAAUUAAAUGAAAAUAGUGAAAAUGCAUGUAUUUUUUAUCUAUUAAUUUAAGUAAAGUUUAUAGUUGGCAAUAAAAUAGAUUAAGUAGACAAAGAAGAAGUGAGUUAUGAUGCUGCUAAACAAUUAGCUGAAGUAAUUAUAUUUUAUUAUCUUAUAAUAUAGAAUUAUGGAUGCUUUUUAAGACUAGUAUCAGCUAAAGAAAAAAAUGGCAUCAUUGAAUUAUUUGAACUUGUUGGUAGUGAAAUACUUAAAAAAGAAUAGGAAAAUUAAUCUAAUGCAAUCAAUUAAACUGUUUCAAUUAAUUCUAAACCUCUAGUUUAACACCUACCAUAAUCAUAAUAAUAAUAAUAAUAAUAAUAAAAAGAUGGAUGUUGUUGA